AAGGGGAGGAUGCCACUGCAGUUUGAAGCAUCCUGCGCCGGGGGCCUGGUCCCAGGCUGGAGUCUGAUCAUCAGGGGCCUCUCCAACUCCAAAGAUGAUGAGUUUGAAAUCAACUUCCUUUCCGAGACGGGGGACAUCGCCUUCCACUUCAAGCCCUGCUUUUCCAAUACCACGCUGGUCUGCAACUCCUUCCAGGCGAACCGCUGGGGCCAUGAGGAAGUGUCUGAUGUCUUUCCCCUGGAACUGAAAGAGCCCUUUGAGAUUGAAGUCUACUCUGACCACGAGCGUUUCCACGUCUACGUUCAUGAAAACAAAAUCCUAGAGUAUGAGCACCGCCAGAAACCACUCUCUGCCAUCACCAAGGUGCAGGUGCUCAAUGACACCAGGUUCUCUUCAGUGGAGCUCUCCAAGAAGAGCCUUUACCUGGGGUAAGGCAGGGCGAGAGCUUCCCCCCGAUGAAUCUUAUGACUCUAGAGCUGCAUAGAUCACCUCAUCCAGUCCCCUGCCUCCUCGGGUCUACCUAAGCAUUUCAGGGCAGAAGGCUGCCCAUUCCAUCUUUGAAAACCCAUGCUACUGACCAACCCAAGUGGACAUCUGUCGGUGCCCCAGUAAUGACAGUCCCACCCGCAGUUGCUGAGUUCCCGUUAGUUAUGCCCUGAAGGGUCCCUAGAGGUUUCAUGCCAAGGUAUGAGGGCCUUUGGAUGCCUCUGGUUAUACGUGUUGUACUCUUUGACUCUCACAGGCAGAAAAGACUCUAACCUGUUCCCAAACUUUGAGUCUGAUCCAACCCAGACCUCUCAGGAGCGUACAUGAGUGCACCUCCCCAGGGAAGGUGCUCCAAUAAAA